AUGGCGAAUUUUUGCUUGAUAUUAGCAGUAGUUUUCUUGACACGGCUAACCACUGUACUAAAUACCCCGAUCUCGGCCACAUUCGGACCGACACAGAUAGCUGACAUCACAGCAUUGGUCAGCGAAGCAGGAGAUGAUUUCGACUUGACCACUCCGAGAUCAGCGAUCUUGACUGCUGUCUCCGAAGACGAUUCUGAUGAUGACGAUGGCGGUGAAUCGAUUGAAGAUACGACGACACUGCAAACAACAACAACAACAACACCAACAUCUGAAGAUGUGGUUUCGGGCAUAGUCGUCGACGAGGAUAUUGACGAGUCAAAAGUCGUAAUAUUGAAGGCCAAUCUUGAGCAGUUCGGUUACGUCCCACUCGGUUCAACCUUUGGCGAGGCAAACAUCAACUACACAUCCGCCAUCUUGGAAUAUCAACAACAUGGCGGUAUAAACCAAACAGGUAUAUUGGAUGCUGAAACAGUUGAGCUCCUCGAUACCCCUCGAUGUGGUGUUCCCGAUAUCCUACCCUACGUCACAGGUGGCAUCGCGUGGCCACGUAACGUAGCUGUGACGUAUAGCUUCGGUACACUCACCAAUGAUCUCAAUCAAAACGCGAUCAAGAACGAGAUAAGGAGAGCCUUUCAGGUUUGGGACGAUGUAUCCGGUUUGACCUUUCGUGAGGUCGUCGAUAGUUCAUCUGUCGAUAUCCGUAUCAAGUUCGGGAGCUAUGAACACGGUGACGGCAUCUCUUUCGAUGGCCAAGGCGGCGUCCUCGCCCACGCCUUCCUACCUCGUAACGGUGACGCUCAUUUCGACGACUCCGAGACUUGGACAAUCGGGACAAACUUUGGUACGAACUUGUUUCAGGUAGCAGCCCAUGAGUUUGGUCACAGUCUUGGUCUCUACCACUCGGAUGUACAGGCAGCUCUUAUGUACCCCUAUUAUCGGGGUUAUAAUCCCAACUUCAAUCUUGAUCGUGAUGACAUUGCUGGUAUCACGUCGCUUUAUGGAAGAAACACUGGCACAACCACAACAACUAGGCGACCCACAAUCACCCGUACUACCACACGCCGUACAACCACACGCCGUACAACCACACGCCGUACAACUACACAACCAACCACCACACAGACUACCACAAUAAGACCUCCUACGUCACCUACCCCACCACGCCAGGCCUGCACGGGAUCCUUCGAUGCAGUCAUCAAAGAUUAUAGUGGUAGAAUAUACGCCUUGGCCGGGCGUUACUACUGGCGUCUAGAUCAGGCAUCACCUUCGUGGGGGGUAGUUCGUAACAGAUUUGGAUUUGAUCUGCCAGAGAACGUGGAUGCCAGUUUCCAAAAUGGGAUCUUUUCAUAUUUCUUCAGCGAAUGUUAUUACUACUACCAGACCUCCACCCAACGCAGAUUCUCAAGGAUACCAAUCAACAGGAGAUGGGUUGGUUUACCAUGCGACAUCGAUGCAGCAUAUAAAUCUAGUGACACUGGUCCAACUUUUUUCUUCAAAGGUGGGUUUGUCUACAAAUUUAGCAGCAGUAAUCGGCUCCAAAGGAGGACUCGCAUAUCCACUUUUUUCAGGAAUACACCUUACGCCCUCCGCGAUGGAGUUGAAGCAGUGGUGCGCGUCGACAAUGAUUACCUGCAUUUUUACCGAGAUGGUCGUUAUUACAGGAUGAGAGACUCCACUAAGCAGUUUGUCAACUUCCCCAAUGGUUUGUCAUAUCGUGACGUCAUUGAUACACUUAUUCCACAGUGUCGCAGUCUGAAUCUGAGCGUAGAAAUCGAGAGUUGCUCGAAUUCAUCGGAAUGA